GUCUAAUUUGAAUUGUUGUUGCUGUUCUCAACAGGUGGUGUGCUAGGAAAUUGCACCGGAAGACCCCUUCCGGAUGUUUGGACGACCCAAGACCGGUGAUAAUCUCGUGCAGGUGGAUCUGCUGUCGUCUUUUUGAUGAAAUACCGCCUGUCUACAACUUCCGCUACCCGUUCCAUGUUGCCCGAGUGUGCUAUUCAACAGCAGCAUCACCACCCCCCACCCAAUCGAUGUGUUGCCACGAAUGAGUUAGCAGUUUCCGUGGCCCAUAGACGACCGCAUGCAUUUAUCUCCGCGCAGAGACAGCGUACCGCUAUCAGUACGCGGCGAGAUUCGAACGCACGUUCCAAACACUAGCGCGAUCGGCAACAUCAUCAGUUGAUAAGCGAAGCAUGGAGCAGACCCCGAGCGAGUAUAGUGCGGAGGAGGCCAGCAAGAUUGCGUAUGAAUUUCGGCGUCUGCAAGACAAAUGCUACCUCGACCAUGCGGGCACAGCGCUGUACGGGGAGUCGCAGAUGAGCGCCGUGCAGACCAUGCUGACCGGUGGACUGUUCUGCAAUCCGCACACCAGCCGUACGAUGGAGGAUCUGAUCGAUUUAGUGCGUUUCCGAGUACUACGUUGGUUCAACACCCGGUCUGCCGACUACAGCGUAGUAUUCACUUCGGGCACGACCGCUAGCUUGAAGCUGUUGGCGGAAGCGUUUGACUUUACAGCGGCUCAGAGUGCGGCUGGCGAGGAACCAGACCAGUCUAGCCGUCAGGCCGGUGCUUUCGUUUAUCUCCGUGAUAGCCACACGUCCGUGCUGGGGAUGCGGCAAGUUGUCCGGACCGAGCGAAUCGGUGUGAUCGAACGGAGCGAACUGCUCCAAUCCCUGGCCGGUAGCAGGUCGGGAUGGUCCAAUGGUAAGAAGUCCCCGUUGCAUCAUCGGGGCCCUUCUCUGCUCGCGAUGCCAGCCCAGUGUAACUUCAAUGGAGUCAAGUAUCCGCUGGAGCUGCUCGAAACCGUGUCCCAAAACGGUCUGCCAGGACCGUACGAGGGAGAUGCGUUUCAGGUGUGCCUGGAUGCCGCCAGCUACGUCUCGACCAGCUACCUCGAUCUCACUCGCCAUAAACCGAGUUUCGUCUGCGUUUCGUUUUACAAAAUCUUUGGCUAUCCGACCGGAUUGGGUGCAUUGUUGGUGCGCAAGGACGCGGAACGGUAUUUGACAGGCAAACGUUACUUUGGCGGUGGUACGGUACAGAUUGCGAUGAGCGGUACGGAUUUCCAUGUGCCGCGCACACGUUUAAGCGAUCGGUUCGAAGAUGGAACGCUCAACUUCCUCGCGGUCGCCAGUCUGUUGGCAUGUAUGGAGCAACUCGAACGUCUUAUUCCGCCCACACCAACGCGCACGACAAUCGAGCGCAUCUCUCAGCACGCCUUUCAGCUCGCGCAGCACUGUUACCGACAGUUGCAGCAGCUGGAGCACGCCAAUGGUAGCAAGGUGGUCGAACUUUAUCACGACACCGCAUACAGCGAUGGACGAUCGCAAGGUCCGAUCGUGAACUUUAAUGUGCUGAACGACGACGGUGGAUACGUUGGAUUUGCGGAGGUUGCGUGCAUGGCAAGCAACCACGGGAUCUACUUACGGACGGGUUGUUUCUGCAACCCGGGUGCCUGCCAACGGCAUCUGCGGCUCAGUGACGACGACAUCCGGCGUCACUUCCAGGCCGGACACGUUUGCGGCGAUGCAAACGAUUUGAUUGAUGGCCAACCGACUGGGUCGGUGCGGGUAUCGUUCGGCUACAUGAACCGUCUGGCCGAUGUGGAGCGGCUGAUCGGCAUGAUCUCCCGUUGCUACAUACGACGCAGCGUUAUGGGACCGCUGGUGAGCCGGAAGGAGGUGCUCGCCCGCUACAAGAACUAUGAUCGUGCUCGGCUCGUACAGAUCUGCCUGUUUCCGAUCAAAUCCUGUGGUCCCUUCCGUGUGGUGGGCGCGGGCAAAGAGUGGCCCCUAUCGGCCACGGGUUUGCUGUACGAUCGGGAGUUUGUGAUCGUCGACGAGCAUGGUAUGGCCAUCACGCAGAAAAAGGUGGCCACAUUGUGCCUCAUACGUCCCACGAUAAAUCUGGCAGCGAAGCAGAUGACGCUACACCAUCCCGAUGUCGAGCAGGAUCUAAUCGUCGAUCUGGCGGACACCGAUGAUCAAUCCGACCACCGUCCGGCCGAUGCACCGUUCCGGCUUUGCCAAACUAAGGUCUGCCAGGAUAAUGUACAGGGUGUUGACUGUGGAGAGGACGCCGCAGAUUGGGUAAGUUUGGCUCUUGGCGUGUCCGGGUUGCGGUUGCUGCGUCAAACGCGCUUCCACGAGCAACGGACGCGUCGUAACCGCAGUGAGCAUCAGCUAUCGCUGAACAAUCAAGCACAGUUUUUGCUUAUUAACCGUACCUCGGUGCGCUGGCUGAGUGAUGCGGUCGACGACUGGGGGGACGUGGAUGAUGAUGGGGCCAAUCCACCGACGAUCGAUUCGUUGGUCGAUCGGUUCCGAGGGAAUUUAAUCAUUGAAACCUCACGUCCGCUCGAGGAAGCGGACUGGAGUGGAGUGACGAUUGGCAAGCGGCAGUUUGGUGUCGAUGGGCCGUGCACUCGUUGUCAGAUGAUUUGCAUCGAUCAAGCGACGGGGAAGAAGACGGCCGAACCGUUGCGCACUAUCUGUCGCGAGUUUGGUGGCAAGAUGCGCUUCGGCAUUUACUUGUCGCACGCCGGUACGCUAAGCGACAGUGCGACGCUAGUGGUGGAUGCUUCUGUUUCCGGUGUCUACGAGUGAACCAAACUAGUUGUAGUAUUUUACCCAUAGCUGACCAAACCAAGGCCCAAUAAUGUAAAGUAGAACCUAGAUAGCAAGAUCAUUCUCUAGAUCUUGGAAUGAAUUAAAUUCGAUAAAAAAUAAAGGUAGAUGUAAAGUCUUGCUAAGCAAGGCUGUCCUAGUAUGCCAGUUUGAAGCAUCCCAUAGUUUAACUUGAGUUAAAGAAAGAAAAAAUCUUCGAAGUCGAUCUAGUGUACUGUACAU